CUGAGACUGUACUCGCAUGACAGCUCAGCGAUAACAAGCGACUGAACGUAAAGUGAUCUGCGGGACUGCCCGGCAUCUCAUACAUGUUGUGCAGUGGCACUGCGUGAACUUUUUAAAAUUUUCACUGUUUUUAUUCCCGUCGUUCCAAAAGAGGAUUUAUUUCUGUAUCUUUUGAUCUUUGUUUUACCGAUUUGAUCGAAAAUGCCAGCCGACACAAUGGAAAAGCAGACAGCGUCUCCUAUUGCCGGUGCGCCUGCAAACGGAUCACACACACCGGACAAACCGAAAAAUGCCAGCGAGCAUAGAAAGUCAUCCAAACCCAUCAUGGAAAAACGACGAAGAGCGAGAAUUAACGAAAGUCUCGGUCAGCUCAAGACGCUCAUCCUGGACGCACUCAAAAAAGAUAGCUCUAGACACUCCAAGUUGGAGAAAGCAGACAUCCUAGAGAUGACAGUGAAGCACUUGAGGAACUUGCAGCGUGUACAGAUGAGCGCAGCGCUCUCAGCAGACGCUACCGUCCUAAGCAAAUACAGAGCCGGAUUCAACGAGUGCAUGAACGAGGUGACCCGCUUUCUGUCCACCUCAGAAGGAGUGAACACGGAAGUGCGAUCCAGACUCCUAAACCACCUUUCCAGCUGCAUGGGCCAGAUGAUGUCAAUGAACUACUCACAGCAGGCCGCGUCCCAGCAGGCGCACCUUGCUCAGCCCCUUCACGUGCAGCUCCCCUCCACCCUGCCCAUCAACGGCCACGCCAAACUCAGUCCGGCAGAGGCCGUCUCCCCUAAGGUGUUUGGUGGGUUCCAGCUGGUGCCCGCAACAGACGGACAGUUCGCUUUUCUGAUCCCAAACCCGGCAUUUGCCUCCGCCACAGCCCCUGUUAUCCCCCUUUACGCAAACGCAGGAGUGCCUGUUGCUGUGAAUGCCAGCCCGGUGCACGGCAGCUCUGCAUCCACUGCAGCAUCUCCAGUUCACGGCAUGACGUCCUUCUCCGGGGGAUCUCAGGCAGUUAGCCCGGUGGGGGUCAGUACUGGAUCGGAGAGCAACGAGCCUGUGUGGCGGCCCUGGUAGCCUAGGAUGAAAGACUUGUGUGAAUCCAGUUUGCAUUACUUUGAUUACUUUUUCAGUUUACCCUUUAAACUGGCUGCACACACAACUGUCUUGGGGUUAAACCUGGAACUCUCCCGCUAUGGGACGGUGACUCCAACCACUUAAUGCCCCCAGUAGUUCUUGUUGUUUCGUUUUAUGGAACAUGAGUUGCCUGAAAUGGCACAUUGUUUUUUAUUAUUUAUUACCAGAUUCCAAAAUUUGGAUGUCGGUGAUAAAUGCUGUACAUGCAGAUGGAAGAUUUAUAGAAGAUUUUUGUCAUGAAGUACUUUUUAUCAAAAGAUUUAGUUUUGUACAAAGUUGUUAUUGAUUGUUAUACCAAAGCUGUGUUUUAUAUUCUUUGUUGUUUUGUGUUGAAAAGUAAAACUGAAGUUGGGUGAUAACCCAUUGUUUUAAUAAAAUAAAUCUCAAAAAUUA